AUGGGGACAAAAGUUGCUCCCUCAUACGCAACUUUAGUGAUGGGAUAUUUAGAAGAUCAACUAUAUGGGAAAAUACCUGAACUGUUUGAUGUCGACUUUGCUAACUACAUAAAAAAUAAUUGGAAACGUUACCUAGACGACUGCUUCAUAUUUUGGACCAGGGGUGAAGAAGACUUAACUCAAUUCCAUUCACUUCUAAAUAACCUCCAUGAUUCCAUACAAUUUACUAUAGAAAAAAGUCGUAAGGAACUUCCAUUUUUAGAUCUUCUUAUUAUAAAAAAUGGAUCGUGUAUAACUACAGACUUGUACUGUAAACCCACGGACACGCACCAAUAUUUGGAUUUUAGAUCGUGCCACCCAUCCCACACAAAACGUAAUAUUCCGUUUAAUACAGCACGAAGAAUCUGUACAAUUAUUACAGAUGAAACCCUACGAUGUAGACGUUUGGAAGAAUUAAAAAUAUAUUUAAGACGACAAAAUUAUCCAUUGGAUCUUAUAAACAUUGGAAUAGAAAAGGCAUCCGAAAUUCCAAUAGAGGACCUAAGAAAUCCACGCCGUAUAGACGACACCGAUGAUGACGGGAAAAUAGCCUUUGUAGUUACCCAUAACCCAAGGAACAGAAACAUCCUUAUGGACGCUAAAAGAUUUUAUCCCAUUUUAGAACAAUCGGAAAACAUGAAAAGUUUAGUUCAGCCAAAUGAUAUCAUAAACAGUCGACGACAAGCACCAAAUCUUAAAAAACUGUUGACCAAGGCCCGUUUUACAACACAGGAGGAAAUUCCAACCAUUAAAAAAUGCGGAGAUCCGAGAUGCGGAACAUGUACAUAUUUAGAAGAGGGGAAUAAAAUCCAACUUAAAUCAGGAAUGGAAAUUCGAACCAACUCAUCUAUGAACUGUAAAUCGGAAAACGUCAUCUACUGUGCCAUCUGUCCGACGUGUAAAGAAUAUUAUAUUGGACAAACCGGAAAACUAAAUGCCAGGGUUCGUGUGCACAAACAACAAAUUAAAGACCCUAGUGUGCGUAAUACACCGUGUUGUGAACAUUUCGCAAAAUGUGGCAAAGGAAUAUUUAAGAUUUUCCCUUUUUAUAAACUUCCAAGUGAAAACGAAAAUUUACGUUUGGCAAAAGAAGACUUUUUUAUCAACCUCUUUAAACCCAAACUUAAUCGCAAAUGA